AUGACCGAUCCAGAAUUAGAAAUGUUUCAGGUCGAAGAGAGGAGACCGAGAUUCCAGGUGAAUCGGGUAGAAGGGAAGAACGGAAGUAAAGGAAGCUUAGACCGGGAAGGUGGACAUGAAGAAGAAUUGGAGCCCCUUAAAGCCGAAGAUGAAGAAUAUCUCGCUUCUUACUCAAAGAGUUUCCGGCACUUUACUAGGGAAGCUCUUCCCAGGAUGGACAACUAUAGGAAUAUCAUGUCCAUCCAAGCUGCAGUCAGGCCUACAUUGGAAGAACUGCACAAUGAGACUGAACAUGCCAAAGGAGCGACUAUCAUCCGAAUGAAUGGAUCAAACAGGGGACAAGGUUCAAAAGCAGAGCCAGAAGAAGGCAUUAAAUUCGGAUGGAUCAAAGGAGUGUUGGUACGGAACAUCCUCAAUAUAUGGGGUGUUAUGCUCUUCCUUCGACUCUCCUGGGUGAUUGGCCAAGCAGGAAUCGGUGAAGGUAUAAUGAUAAUUUUGGGAUGUUCUUUGGUAACCCUUCUUACCGCAAUGUCAAUGUCAGCUAUCAGUACAAAUGGUCUAAUUAAAGGAGGUGGCUCUUAUUUUAUGAUAUCACGAUCAUUAGGUCCUGAAUUUGGGGCUUCCAUUGGCCUAAUAUUUUCCUUAGCUAAUGCUGUUGCAUGUGCUAUGUACACUGUUGGUUUUUGUGAAUCUUUACUGUCUCUUCUGGCUAGUUUUAAUUAUUCUCUUGUCGAUGGUGGAGUUCAAGAUAUGAGAAUAUUUGGAUCUAUAACUAUUGUGAUAUUGCUCGCCAUUGUUGUCAUUGGAAUGGAAUGGGAAGCCAAGGCACAAAUAGGCCUCUUAGUGAUAUUGCUUGCUGCAAUUAUAGACUUUUUCAUUGGCGCUUUAAUGGGACCUCAAAAUGAUGAAUCAAAGGCUAAAGGCUUCAUUGGUUUCAGCCUUGAAACUUUCAAGGAUAAUUUUGGCUCAGAUUAUAGAUAUGAAAAUGGUGUGAAACAAGAUUUCUUUUCAGUAUUCUCCAUUUUCUUCCCAGCUGCCUCAGGAUUCCUUGCUGGUGCUAACAUAUCUGGUGAUUUGAAGGAUCCACAAAAGGCCAUUCCAAAAGGUACGAUUUUGGCCAUUUUUAUAACUAGCUUUUCGUAUCUUCUCAUGGGAGUAUUUACUGGCUCUAUGGUUUUGAGAGAUGCAACAGGAAACAUAAACGAUUUCAUAAACGGAACUUUCACCAAUUGUAGUUAUGGUAGAUGUGCUUAUGGACUCCAGAACAGUUUUCAGGUGAUGGAAUUGGUCGCUGCGUUCGGACCAUUAAUAUAUGCCGGGUGUUUCGCUGCUACUUUGUCGUCUGCGUUAGCCAGUCUCGUGUCAGCUCCUAAGGUCUUUCAAGCAUUAUGUAAAGAUAAACUUUACCCUUACAUAUCCUUUUUUGGUAAAGGUUAUGGAAAAACUGGAGAACCUGUGAGGGGUUAUAUUUUUACUUUCUUCAUUGCUUUGGCUUUUAUUUUGGUUGGUGAUUUGAAUGCUAUCGCUCCUUUGAUAUCCAACUUUUUCCUUGCUGCAUACGCUUUGAUAAAUUUUAGUACAUUCCAUGCAUCGUUUGCUAAGCCUGUCGGUUGGCGGCCUACAUUCAAAUAUUAUAACAUGUGGCUGAGCCUUCUGGGAGCUAUUAUGUGCACAGGGAUCAUGUUCCUCAUCAGCUGGUGGACGGCAUUAUUAACUCUUUGUUGCAUCCUUGCACUCUAUUUGAUUGUCAGCCAUAGAAAACCAGAUGUGAACUGGGGAUCUAGCACUCAGGCUCAAACUUAUAAGAAUGCUCUUUUAUCCGUUCAUCAACUCAAUCGUGUCGAUGACCAUGUAAAAAAUUACUGUCCACAAAUCCUUGUUUUAUCAGGGUCACCUAACUGUCGCCCACCGCUUAUUGAUUUCGCUUACCUCAUUACUAAAAAUAUAUCCCUUCUCAUCUGUGGAAAUAUUUCAGAGAGAGCCUUGCAACAGAGGACAAGGAAUAUGCUGACAUUCAAAGCUCAGAACUGGCUAUAUUACCACAAAAUCAAAGCCUUUUUUGCUAGUGUCGAUGGCACAACACUCGAGGUGGGUGCCCAGUCUCUUAUGCAGGCAUCAGGUUUGGGGAAGCUUAAACCGAAUGUUCUGAUGAUGGGGUAUAAAUCUGAUUGGCAAACAUGUAAGAAAGAGGAACUUUCAAUGUAUUUUAAUGUCAUAAACAAAGCUUUGGAUUUGUAUUUGUCCCUGGCUAUUCUUCGUUUACAAGAAGGCUUAGAUUACUCUGAUGUAUUGAAAGAAUCGGAAGUAGUAAAUAUAACUGCGGAUAACAACAUACCCACCAAAACCAAGGAAGAUGCUGAAGUUAUGACCAGAAAUGUCUCCUAUUCUCAAAUUUCUCAAGCUAGCAGUACUAGUGAUUUAUCUGUCCCUUCGACUCCUAUUACCUCCAGAUCUGCUGUUAAUAAGAAUCCAAAUGUUGAAAAUGAAACUCCAGUAGCUAAAUCGACACCAAAAGAGGAAAAAGAAUAUCAUUUCUCAAGAGCUAAUUUAUACAAAAAUGCUGGAGGAGUAGAACUACCCAAAGAAGUUCUUAACAAUUUAACCCAAUUCAGGAAGAAACAGAAGAAGGGGAUCAUUGAUGUCUGGUGGUUAUAUGAUGAUGGAGGGUUGACAUUGCUACUGCCAUAUAUCAUAAGUACUAGAAGCGCUUGGGUAGAUUGUAAGCUUCGAGUAUUUACUCUAGCAAACAAAAAAGAUGAUCUUCUCUUCGAACAAAGAAGUAUGGCGAGUUUAUUGUCUAAAUUUCGAAUUGAUUACUCUGAUUUGAAAGUGAUCCCUGAUAUAACAAAGAAACCUCUGGAUUCAACAGUUUCCUAUUUCCAGUCACUUAUUCAGCCUCUUGGAAAAAAUGGUUCUGGUGCAGCUGUUACAGAAUCUGAAUUAGAAGCAGUACAAGAUAAAACAAAUAGGCAUCUGAGGUUGAGAGAAUUGCUGCUUGAAAACUCUUCAAAUUCUAAUUUAAUUGUCAUGACUCUUCCGAUGCCGAGGAAAAACAUCAUUACUGCAUCACUAUACAUGGCGUGGUUAGAAGUACUGACUAAAGAUAUGCCGCCGUUUCUACUAGUUCGGGGGAAUCAGCAAUCAGUGCUCACAUUUUAUUCGUAA